AUGGAUGCAGACUUUCCGCGGUCUGCCCGGGAAGCCGAAGAUCACAUCCGUCAAAUCCGUCGUGAUAAGGGCCUCGGCGAUGGUCCAGGGCAAAUUGGUAACAACGGCGCCGACCUGGAAUCCGCUUUGAAAGUUCUAUCCCAUGAUCUGUACCAAACAGCGACGCACUUUCUGCUCGAACUCAUCCAAAAUGCCGACGACAACAUGUACACGGCUGACGCCCCGACGCUGGCCAUCUCGUACAGGCCUGGGCGGGUCAGGAUCGAUUGCAACGAGCGCGGGUUCUCACGCAAGAACAUUGAAGCCAUCUGUCGCAUUUGCCAGAGUACGAAGAGCGGCAGAAGCAAAUCCGCUGGAUUUGUCGGUGAGAAAGGUAUCGGUUUCAAGGCCGUCUUCAAGGUAGCGUCAACCGUCUGGAUCUCCUCUGGGCACUACUCCUUCAGAUUCGACCGCGAUGGGCACCUCGGGAUGAUCGCUCCGAUCUGGGAUGCAUUUCCCGAAGCUUCCAAGCCUGGAUUUACUUCCAUCUAUCUGAAGCUGGCAAGAGACUGCAAUGAGGGGGGCAUUGUCGACGAGCUUCGCUCUUAUGAUGCCAAGAUUCUCAUAUUCCUUCGCCGUCUGCAGCGGCUCGAGAUUGACGUCCAACGGGAGUUCUGGAAGUCCGGCGACUUCAAGACGGUGCUCAGCCGGCAAGCGACUAUUUCAGGCAACCCUUCCAUGACGACAUUGAUGAAUGAUGGCGUCAAGAAGCAAUAUCUGGUUUGGCGCCACACAGUCAACCGAUUGCCCAACGACGCAAGAAGGCCUGGCAUAUCGAGCUCAGAGGUGGUCCUAGCAUUCCCUCUCGACAAGGACGGAGAAACCCCUCUCAUAGAGAGGCAGAGCGUCUAUGCAUUCUUGCCUAUCCGCGACUAUGACUUUAAGUUCCUACUUCAGGCAGACUUUCUGUUGUCUGCCAACCGCGAAGAUGUCCACGCUGAUCUGCCAUGGAACCUGGCGUUGACGACGGCUGUGCAAAAAGCUUUUCUCGACGCUGUCAGGCACAUGAGCAACCUCAACAACAAGCUGCGCUACACGUGGUUCCGCUUCGUGACAUGCAGCUACAGCGCGCAUCUCGGCAUCUUCGCAGACCUGCAGAGAAAGCUGCUCGCGGAUCUCCAGAAGACGCAACUUCUCGACUCGACCUGGGGCCGAAAGAAGAAACCGACGAAGCUGACACGGGUACCCGAAAUCUUCUGCGACAACGACGGCCGGCCGUUCACGCUCCACUACAAGAAUGACGACCGCUAUCUGUCGCCCAAGUACAGCCAGGACGAGCCCGACGCGAGCAGCCUCAGAGCUCUGGGCGUCAAGGACAUCACGCCGGAAGCCUUCAUGAACGAGAUUGACAAGCUGUUCAAGAAGCACCGCGGGUCGUUCUUUCAGAAGCAGACCAAGGACUGGCACGCCAAGUUCUCGCAGACGCUGACGUCGUCUGCGUUCGUCAACUGGCACUACAGGAAGCGGACCAUGGCCAUCAUCCCGCUGCGCGACAAGAGCUGGACGUCGAUGAACGAGGGACAGGUGUACUUUGCGGCUCAGUCAAACUCGACCCUCGUCCCGGAAGGAAUCAAGAUUCGCAUUGUCGACCCCGAGGCGGCGGCUGACCCGGCGCGCAAGCUGCUCUUCGAGCACCUGGGCGUGGCGAACCUUUCCAGGCCGCUUGUCGCCAACAUGAUCAUCGACGCGCAUGCGAACGAGAAUUUUAAGCCGGACGGCCUGAAGCCCGCGACUUUGGUAUCGCACGCGCGGUACGUCUAUCUAGAGAAUUGGGAGCAGAACGCUUAUCGGACGCAAGAGCUCUGGUUUGCUUCUCAAGAGGGCCCUUGCCGCAAGGGCUCAGCCAUGUAUCUCCCCCUGGACGUGCCGGGAGCCGCCAGCAAAGUCUUGCCGAAGGUGGCCAAUGGGGGCUACGGGUUCCUCCAUGCUUCCUAUCUCGAAGUCCCUGAGCUCCAGAAGAAGAAGUGGCACGAUUAUCUCGUCAAGACGCUGAAGGUCAGUGUAUAUCCUCGCCUCUGGGCCACGGAGCAAGUCGAGACCGAUUACUUGCACGCCGACUUCAACUACAUUGUGAAAAAUGCCGGCCCCAUGGCUUGGAUGGUGCUGCUGCGCGAUGGAUGGAGUUACUACAGAGAGGUGCUCGAUACAAGCAUCACUGCCCUCGGGGCUCUCGCCAAUGAACGAUGGCUGCUGGUGGCUCGAGUGAAGAGGCUCGAAGUCGUCUGCAUGGGGAGGUCGACGCGUUGGCCAGUCUCGGAGACUUUCAGACCAUCGGAGGCCCUUAUCGAGAAAUGGGGCAGUUUGCCCCCUUUUAUAGAUCUCCCCCAGCCGGAGAACGCGCGGUGGGAGGCGGUUCUGCGUCACCUGGGCGUCCUGACCCUACCGACCCUCAGCUUCUACAUUGACAGCCUACGAAGCGCAAAGGGGGUGGCGACGACCCCUAUGGAGAUCAUCGAAAGCCUGAUGACAGAGAUUGAAGCAAAAGGCACGACGACCGAAAGACGGCAAAAGAUCAUGUCAGAGUUCCGAGACUCCUCCCUCAUCUGCAUCCCGCCCGAGGGUGACCGAGAGUCUCGUCUCUGGACGAGCACGAGUCCGUGUUUCUGGGACGGCGAGUCGUGGCUCAAGCAGUCUUAUGGCUUGGCAAAGCAUUACCCCAACCACGAAUCGCUGUUCCGGAACUGUCUCAUGAUCCCAGACGUCGGGGUCGAGCACAUCAUCAAGGAGGCCAAACGCAUCAGCGAGAGGGGGGACAACACGAUUCCCUACAUCGAGAAGAUCCUCUCCGCCUUGGCGAUCCAUUCCGACUACCACAUUACGGCACCGCAGAAGAAAGAGCUCGCGGCCAUGGCCAUCUUUCCCAUCUCGACCGGCCCCGCUGACGGCACCUACCAGUCCCUGUCUUCGAUCAACAGCAAGAAACCGUGGCUGAUCGCGGACCGAGAGGUGUUCAAGACACAGUUCCAGCACCUCCUGCCCAUGCUGGCGUUCAGCGUCCGGUUUGUGCUGAAGAUCCGCAAGUUCCUCCUGGCCCUGGGCCUGGGCGACCGGUGCCUCAGCAAGCUGGCCUCGAGCGUGACGGAGGCCCGCGGGGAGGCCGUGAUCAACAAAGAGCUGACGGAGAAGUACCGGUCAAGGAGUUCUCUCUUCUUCAGACUGAUGCCCGAGGACCAGCCAAACCAGGAGCAAGUGCGCGACAAGUUCCGCAGCAUUGACGUGUACGUGGCGUCGGAGAUCUCGCAGUACUGGACAGCGCCACUCGGGUUCACGCAGGUCCGCAGUACGCUGGCGACGGGCGCGGCGUUUCUCGAGUGCGACUAUGCCGGGGACCUGCGGAUCUACCUGCGCAAGGGCUACGAGACGGAGGCCUACCCCUGCGAGCUGUCGGAGCAGCUGCGGAGCUUCUUCAGCAUUGACAUCGAACAUCGAGAUCUGGUGAGCGUCGUGCUGACGGCGGAAGUCGAUCGGGUCGAGCAGAUAUUCGAUAGCAGGGGUGUCCUGCCGUCGAUACCUGACGAUGAGGACGAUGAGGAUGGUGACGCUGAGACGCAGAGCGGCGCCGAUGCUAGGGCCAAGACGGGCAACAACUAUAUUCCCGGGGUGGGCGUCGUUCCUGUCACGACAGGGCCGCGCGCCGGCAGCAGUAGCGGCGAAGCUUCGCGGUUCUCGCGUCUCCUGGGCAAUAGUCGGUUCAGCGCCGCGUUUUACGGCCAGCCGAACAACUCUGGCGAGUCUCUGCCGUCGUACACAGCGGCGAUAGCCAGGUCAACAGGGAGCGCUGCCGGCGCCGGAGCGACAGAAAGACGGACAAUUCCAGGCGCUUACACGCUGCCGUUCCUGCGAGGCGCCCUGAGGGAGCUGAAUUUCCACCAGAAGGAGGGAACCGUCAUCGGUGCGCCGGUCGCACCGCCGGGCUUCCUGGAUCGGGUCAAGACGUUUGCCCAGCGCGACAGUGACCUUGGAGAGCUAUUCGUCGCCGACAUCCUCACGGCGGUUCUGGGCCCUCAGUACGACGCAGGCACCAUGUGGACGUCGCGCUCCAAGAGAAAGGCGGAAGAGGCCGCCUUCAACUUCACAGACGCGCAGGGACGGUUCAGCGCGUUCCUGAUGCGCCUCGACGGGACCUCCGGCAAGGGCCAGGGCUUCAACCGCUUCGUCUACCACAUCGACGUCAAGGCGACAGACAAGCCGCAGACGAAUCACUUCAAGAUAUCGCAGGACGAGCUCAACCGGGCCCGUCAGUUUUCAAUCCACAGCAAGGUCGAGUCCAGCCUGCCGGCACCGAUGAAGCACGUCUCGAUCCUGGUGCACGUUUCCGAGCUGCGCAGGGAGCCCAAGAUUCUGUUCCUGGCCGAUCCAUGGGACCUGUUCGCUGAAGGGCAGCUGACGUUGGAAAACGCGUCGAGCUAUAAGGCAAGCCUGAAUCUGCGGCCGUGGGUGGGCGCAGCCGGCAACGAGGGGGGGUUCGAUUCUGUCCAGAUCCGAUCGAGAGAUGCUGCUGGCGUUGCUCCUGAUGAUGUGAACACGACCGAGAAGAAGGGCUGGUGA